AAAAACUUGGAAGAAUACUGGAAAGGAGUAAUUCGGGAUUGCAAGACGAAGCGUGACCUCUCUGAAUAUAAGAUUCAAAGAGAACGCCUUCUUUCCGCUCUUCUUGAAGUAGACGAAAAAAUAAGAAUGGCGGAAGCUGAUCUUGAUGGAUCUUCUAGAAAUUUCCGUGAAGAUGAUAUAUCAGAUAAUAGAUCCGAUUUGCAGAUGGAUUUAAGUGGGGAUUUGCGUGGAGUUUUCGAUGAAAAUUUUAGUGGAAAUUUGGAUGGGGGUCCUAUAUAUGAAGAUGAUAGCGCUCCCACUAAUGCCAUUACGGAUGGUUCAGGAUCUCAGAAUCCUCAGAUAGGAAAAGAAAGACCGGAAGAAGAAUUGCACCGCCCUUAA